AUGGAAGCCGCCGCGAAACGAUUCUUCUCUACGCCGUACUUUGCCGUCGUCGGCGCAAGUCAGGAUAAGAGCAAAUUUGGUUAUCGGAUACUAGCAUGGUACCACGUCCAUUCUCUUCCCGUAACGCCCAUCAACCCCAGUCGCUCAACGAUAUCGCUACCCUCAAAAUCAUACAACACAGUCACGUCGGUUUCGGCUCUUCCACAUCCGACUCAGACAGCCUUGUCGUUCCUCACCCCGCCGCCAGUGACGCGGAAAGUUCUCGAGGAAGCCAAAUCGGUGGGCAUCAAAGCGGUGUGGUUCCAGCCGGGGAGUUUCGAGAACCAGGAUCUGGACUUUGCGAAGGAGAAUUUCGAGUCUGCCGUGGGAGGAUUUGAGGAUGGAACUGUGGGUGACGAAGGAUGGUGUGUGCUUGUUGACGGCGAGAAUAUGAUGCAAGCGGCCGAGAGGAAAAUUGUACGGCAGAAGUUGUAG